GCGGCGGGAAGGAAUCUACAACGAAGUGAGACGUGGACAAUGGCCCAGCAGCAUCAACGAUCUUGGUGUAAAUACAAAUUGUAGCUGCUUUUCAGAAAUUUAAGGGGGAAACAAGGAAGAUGACAUCAAACCCUUCUGGACAAGGAUUUCAGAAUAAAAACAGGGUUGCAAUCUUGGCUGAGCUAGACAAGGAGAAAAGAAAGCUGCUGAUGCAAAACCAAUCUUCCACUAAUCACCCUGGAGCCAACAUCUCUUUGGCUAGAUCCUCCCUUAACAAGGAUUUUCGGGAUCAUGCCGAGCAGCAGCACAUAGCAGCGCAGCAAAAGGCUGCUUUACAGCACGCUCAUGCACAUUCUUCAGGAUACUUUAUAACACAAGACUCAGCCUUUGGGAAUCUUAUUCUUCCUGUAUUACCACGGCUAGAUGUAGAGUAAAAGAAAAUUCAUGAAACAGAAAACAUCUGGGUUCAUCUAAGCUGCUAUUUCAACUUUGAGGCAAUCGUUUGUGAGAAGAAGAGCUGAAAACUGUUCAAAAUGGCUCUGAUUUUGAAUUCCUGAUAUUUUGUUUCUUGGAAGACAAUAUAAAAUGUAUUCCGGAAAUUCCCUGCUUUUAUUGUCCUAUUACAUGUGUAUUGGCAUUUUUAAAGAACUUGUUUUCAUUUUCUAGCACACAUGAAUAAGCCUUUAAGUCAGAAAAUUGAGGGGGGAAGCGAGGUACAGUGUCUGAGAAACAGAAAGAUCUGUAACAGUGUCUUAUUACCCAUUUAUUAAAUUGAUUAUGCAUAAA